AUGGCGCUGGAUGACUCGAGCGAAGUAUCAAAGGUCAUUAAUUCAUUGUAGAUAAGUAAUUUUUUAUAGGGCAAGAACAUUGUUUUAAUUCAUUUACCUCGUGCUUUCGUUGCCUUUCACUUAUGGAUUUGUGACGCAGUUUUUGUUUGACAUUCUACUAUACUUUGAUGGAAGAAAUGAAUACUCACUAUGGAGGUUGUGUAUUUGUUAUACAUAUUCAUAAUUUUGUAAAUAUUUGGGCUAUUUGUUGACAUAUAAGAUCAAUUUAUACAAAGUAUUUUUAUAACAAUCGAUUUCAAUAUCAUAAAUAUUAUUAAAUGAAACUAAUUAUUCACGAACUAAUUAUUUUUUUUUUGUAGGUGGUAGAAUUAUUCAAUAAAUAUAAUGAAAGUUUGGGUUCUUAUUUAUUUUCAAGAUGGAUUGGCAAAUUAAUUGCAGAAUACCAAAUAUCAAAGACUCUGUUUAUAGUCAUAGUAUCAAUUCUUGUAAUUUUAUUGAUUGCAUCUAUAAUCAUUCUUCGAAAAUGGAAGAACAAAGAAUUCCUUCCAGAAGUGAAAGAAUUUGUUGGGGUAGGCACAGGCAAACCCAGAUUCAGAAAAAGAGACAAGGUACUCUUCUAUGGAAGAAAAAUGUUACGCAAAGUGAAAUCCAUCAGCGGACAAGUACAUGGAACCGGACAAGGAAAGAAAAGAAAAGCUGUUAUGAGAUUUGCACGAAGACUUUUGCAAUUAAAAAAAGAGACAGCACCAUUACAAUUAAAAGUUUUAGAGCCACCUGCUGAAUAUCUAGAAGAAGACUUAGGUCCUGGAGAGAAAGUACCACCUGAUGCUUUAUAUAUGUUACAAAGUAUCAGAGUAUUUGGUCAUUUUGAAAAACCAGUAUUUCUUAAAUUAUGCAAACACACAGAGAUUAUGAAUUUACCAGCUGGAAGCACUUUAUUUAAAAUCGGAGAUCCAGAUGAAAAUUUAUUUAUUGUACAACAAGGCUUAGUUAAUGUUUAUAUCACAGGACCUGAUGGUUCUCAAAUAUCGUUAAAAUUAGUAAAAACGGGAGAAUCAGUAACUAGUCUUCUUAGCUUCACAGAUGUACUUACUGGGCAUACAAGUACCUAUAAAACAGUAUCAGCUAAAACUGUGGAGGAUUCUAUAGUAGUCAAGUUACCAAUGAAUGCAUUUCAAGAGGUUUUUCAAGAUCAUCCUGAUGCAUUUGUUCGAGUUAUCCAGGUCAUUAUGGUCCGCCUUCAAAGAGUCACUUUCACCGCUUUACAUCAAUAUCUUGGUUUAUCUGCAGAAUUAGUUAAUCAAGGAUCACACAAAAAAAAACAAAGUCCAUUUUCUGGAUCUCCAGUUAGAUCAAGAACUAAAGAAACUUUUUCAGUUCAAAAUAUAGAAAAUCAAUCCAAUACAUCUGCAACUGUUUCAUCAGAACACGAUAAAAAUGAAAUGUUUCAUCGCGAUUCUACGUUAAGUAGUCAUCAAAGUAUACCUAUUGUUAUAAAUCGACGGCCAAAAACUAAUCUUGAUUGGAAAAAUCAAAAUUUAAGUCCACAAUCAGGUCAAAACAUAGCAGACAUGGUACCAGAAUGUGAUUCUCAUUGGCCAAAUUCUUCGUCUAUGACGUCACAACAAGGAUCACAACCAGAUGUAAUACAUACAGGAAAUUCACAUUCAAGCAAAAAAAAAUCUACUACUGAACCAAUUCAACAACAAUUAGAUGAAGCACAUCUUGUGCAGAUAGCAACAGAAGCAUUCGUUCGGGAACUUGGUUUAGAAGAUGAUUCAAUACUUAGAGAUGGUAAAGUUCAAAUCAGAGAAGUACCCGCUGGGACAUAUUUGAUGAAGGAAGAAUCUCAUAAGGAUGUUGCACUUGUCUAUGUUGUAUCUGGUUCAUUAAUAGUCAGUCAACGCGUUUCAGAAAGUAGAGAUAUGGGUCAAGAGGUACACAUGUUUAGUGCUCAUCAAGGUGAAAUUGUUGGUGGUCUAGCUGUAUUGACUGGAGAACCUUCUUUUUAUACUAUUAGAGCAAAGCAUUCUAGUCGCAUAGCACUUUUAAGUAAAUCAACAUUUUUCGCUAUUAUGCGAGAACAACCAACUGUUGUGUUACACGUUGCUCAUUCAGUUGUUCGAAGACUUAGUCCUUUCGUAAGACAGGUUGAUUUUGCACUUGACUGGUUAUUUCUUGAAAGUGGAAGAGCAGUGUAUCGACAAGGAGAUGAAUCAGAUUCAACAUUUAUUGUAUUAAGUGGUCGACUUCGGUCGGUAAUCACGUAUAAAAAUGGGAAAAAAGAAAUCGUUGCAGAAUACGGAAAAGGUGAUCUUGUGGGUAUUGUAGAAAUGGUUACACAAACGCCACGAUCAACAACAGUGAUGGCAGUACGAGAUUCUGAAUUAGCAAAACUUCCGGAAGGAUUAUUUAAUGUUAUUAAACUUCGUUAUCCAAUAGUAGUUACAAGACUUAUAAAUUUACUUGGACAUCGUAUUCUUGGCACCUGGCAACAAGCACACACAAAAAAUGGCAGUAGUGAUACACAACGGGCCGCUGCAACAGUUGAUGCAAGACCAGCUCAAGUAAAUUUUUCAACUGUUGCAAUAGUUCCAGUAUCCGACGAUGUCCCAUUAACAGCAUUUACGUAUGAACUUUAUCAUUCACUAUGUGCUAUUGGACCAUGUUUACGCCUUACCUCUGAUGUAGUUCGAAAAACGUUAGGUAGUACCAUAAUGGAACCUGCAAAUGAAUAUCGUCUAACGUCGUGGCUUGCGCAACAAGAGGAUCAACACCGAAUUUCAUUAUAUCAAUGCGAUUCAACAUACACAUUGUGGACUCAACGAUGUGUUCGACAAGCUGACUGUAUUCUUAUUGUAGGUUUAGGAGAUAAGCCUCCAUCUAUAGGUAGAACUGAACGCGAAGUUGAACGUUUAGUAAUGAGAACGCAAAAAGAAUUAGUACUUUUACAUAAAGAACAAAGUGGACAGCGACCUACGAAUACGGUGCAGUGGUUAAAUAUGAGAUCUUGGGUUUCUAGUCAUCACCAUAUUCAAUGUCCUAAACGAAUGUUUACAAGAAGAUCUCAAUAUAGAAUUAAUGAAUUGUAUUCCAAAGUUCUGAUGUCUGAGCCAAACAUACAUAGUGAUUUCAGUAGACUUGCUCGUUGGCUAACUGGAACUUCAGUUGGACUUGUACUUGGAGGUGGAGGUGCUAGAGGUGCAGCUCAUGUAGGGAUGCUUAAAGCAGUUAUCGAAGCCGGUAUACCCAUAGAUAUGGUUGGCGGAAAAAUGACACAAUGGUGGAGGCAGAUAAUGGAUUUAACAUAUCCAGUAACAUCUAUGUUUUCUGGAAAAGACUUCAAUAGUACAAUUCAGGCAACAUUUGGUGAUACAUACAUAGAAGAUUUGUGGUUACCAUAUUUUACAAUAACCACAGACAUCACUGAUUCUUGUAUGCGUACUCAUACACACGGAUCGCUGUGGCGGUACAUUCGAGCUUCGAUGUCUUUGUCUGGUUAUAUGCCACCCAUGUGUGACCCAGUUGACGGCCAUCUCCUGCUCGACGGCGGGUACGUCAAUAACCUUCCAGCUGACGAAAUGUUGAGGCAAGGAGCGCACCAUAUUUUGGCCAUUGAUGUUGGGUCACAAGACGAUACAGAUUUAACGAAUUAUGGAGAUUCUUUAUCCGGUUGGUGGUUAUUGUGGAAACGAUGGAAUCCAUUUGCAACGCCCGUCAAAGUUCCGAAUUUACCCGAUAUACAAUCAAGAUUGGCUUACGUGAGUUGUGUACGACAGUUGGAGGAAGUUAAAAAUUCAGAUUAUUGCGAAUAUAUUAGGCCGCCAAUAGAUAAAUAUAAAACUCUGCAAUUCGCUAAUUUUGAUGAGAUUAAAGACGUCGGGUAUCAACAUGGAAAAACUUAUUUCGAAGGACAACUGAAAGCUGGAGUUUUACCUCGGUUUAAUGCAGAUAGAGAAAAUGCUCGAGCAUUACGAGCAAAACAUCAAGCGGCAAAUCAGCAAACAGUAUCUUCAUACACUUUUACAGAUUUGGCUCAAAUGGUAUGUAAAGUAUCCAGAGGAAGUAUAUAUGUCGAUUUGGAAAUUGAUUCCGAUACUGACGAAUUAGAAGAAUAUGAGGCGGAUUUAGAAGAAGAUGCACAAGAAGUAGGUUAUGCUUCUGAACCCACUGCCGGUAUUUUAGAUCAGAGUCCUGACGAAAAUCGUUUACGACGAAGAACUGGCGUUUCCUUAAGUUUAUCUGAUACAGAAGCAGAAUCAGAAUUAGACUAUCAUACCAAAAUAUUUUAA